AUGCAAGUAGUAAGAGAAACAAACAGGGAUGAGGCGAAAAGCGUGCCUCAACAAUCUCUGCAUGUGCAGAUAGAUAGACAAAGCAGUGCAGGUGCAUGUACAUAUUUCAUGUUUGUAGUCAAUGGCGGAUUAACAAAAUAUGUUAUAAUUUGUAUAUCUUCGUAUGCUACAGAGGACAUGGACGCGACAAGCCUCACCAGAACCGCUCUUCGUGAUGACACAGGGUCUCCAGGCAACCACAAAGGAACAAAGGAACCUCACUUAGGAAAUUUCCUUGAAACCCACCCACACCCUGAAGUUCAUGUCUCGGAAGUUGACCAUCUUGACGCGAUUAGUGGAGUGCUCGCAACAAGUGGCAAAUCAGAAGGACCUAACAAUGUAAAUUCAAGAAGCAUCACAACCACAGUGGGGAAUGCAACCAAUUUGCAACGACCCCCUCUUGGUGAUAUCUCUAACGUUGGCAUUCAUUCCAAAUGUGGCUCAGUGGUCUCAGGAAGCACCAAAUCAAGAGGAUCUCGCAAUGUAAAUCCAAAAGACAUCACACCCGCACUGAGGAAUGCAACUAAUUUGCAACGACACUCUCUUGGUGAUAUCUCUAACGUUGACAUGCAUUUCCAAAGGAUCACAGUGGUCGCAACAAGCAGCAAAUCAAAAGGACCUCGCAAUGAGAAUUCAAAAAACAUCACACCCGCACCGGGGAAUGCAACAAAUUUGCAACGACACCCUCUUGGUGAUGUCUCUAAUGUUGACAUGCAUUCCCAAAUGGGUUCAUGCUUGCUCAACAAGCCCAAUGGACCCCGCAUGGAAACACUGUUGCGUGGACAGACAAACACCCACCCACCCCCUCCUGGUCAUGUCCUCAAUGUUGAUCCGCCGACCCAGAUGAGUGGAGUUGUAGAUGAACCAGCCAUCUUAGAUGAUGAUGCUUCAUUACCUACUCCUAUUGCUAUCACAGCUGCUAAUGGUGCAGAACUAGCAGAGAGUUCUACCGAUGGAGAUACAACAGCAAAAUCUAUUGCCAUUAGUGAUAGUAGACAAGCUAAGAGGGCACACCAUAGAGAACGCAAAAGGGCAUACGAUAGAGAGCGCAGAGAGAAAUUGACCAGCGAACAAAGAGAGCAGAUAAAUGCACGGAGGCGAGAAGCUUAUCGCAGGAAAAAGGAGUUGGGACCCAAAUUCCUAGAAGAACAAAAUCGGAAGACACGGGAACAACGCAAGCAAAGACGAGAUAGCUUAACUGCUGAUGAGAGAGCGGAUAUGAGUGCUGAAAGAAAGACAAGAUACAUUGCAAUGCGACGUCCAGAUUUACCUACUACAUCUGCGGCCAAUCAGUCUUUGCACAGUAGUGCAUCACCUGUGUCAACGAACAUGGCAGGACACACCUUCAAAUCUGUUGAUUCGUUGUCCGCCGAAAAUGCGUCAGCAGCUCGUGGCCCCACGUACAUUCGCAACAUCGAAACCCAUGGUGCCUAUUUAAGCAGAACCUUAGGUGAUGGUGCUAUAGAUGGCAACCUCAUAACAAUCAAUGAGCACCUAACAAGUGCCGACCAGCAAACCAGUGAUCCGCUAACAAUAGCGGAUAAUGGAGCUGACGAGCAGAGGCAUGAGUCCAGAGCAAAGCGUAGGACGAGAGAGCGAUCUUGCAAGGGAAGUAUGGCGGCGAAGAAGCAUCAUGAGAAAAUUGGCAAGCGGAAAUCAUGUACGAAGGUGCCACGUGGUGAGAGGAACGCUCUGCUAGAUCGUCGUAAUGAAAGCUUUGCAGGUAGGGUGAAGACCCAAAGCGUCAGGAGUAGCUCCAUACUGGAAAUGAGCUCAACUGGACAACCUACCGUAGUUGAAGCACACGGUGCCUCAACCUCAUCUAGCACGCCGGAGUACACGAUCAGAAGUGAAGACGACAUGGACGCUUACCUUAGUCGUCUCAUGAAUGAUAAUGUCAACCCUGACAACCUAUUUGACGAUGAGUAUUACCUGUUUGCUGGUGAAGGCUCAGAUGCUGAUGACAUGGAGCACGACGAAUUGGAAGAUGACCGUCACAAUACCUAUGUCGACCAUGAUCCAUUGGACUAUGUCUACUCAAACCUCCCAGACCACACACACAUCCUGAAGCACGCCGCGAACUGCGAUCAUUGCAAGGCCAAGAAGUUUGAGUCCGAGGCCCCGGGAUUCUGCUGUCGCAGUGGGCAGAUCGAGCUGAAGCAGCCGGAGCCCAUCCCGGAGCUAAUGAGGCUUUGGUCUAGCAUGGAUGCGGACUCAAGGCAUUUUCGGGAGAACAUAUGGUUCUUUAACGACCACUUCUCCUUCACAACCCUCGGCGUCAGCCUUGAUGAAAGCUACACAAACAUGAAGUCUGGGGUGUACACGUUCCGGGCACACGGCACCAUCUACCACAACGUUCAUUCCUUCGGGCCAACAUCCCGUCCAGAGCAUCUACAGUUGUACUUCUACGAUGACGACCCAGGCCUAACCCAUCGCAAGGCUGCCACCGAGCAAUUAGACCAGGAUGUCGUCAGAAAAUUAGUGGACAUACUCAGGGAAAACCCGUACUCCCAGCAGUUUAGGAGUUUGGGUGCGCACAGGGACAACCUCGACGAUUACAGGAUAGACCUCAACACUGACCAGAGACUAGACCAACCGAGGGCACUGACUUAG